AUGGUCCUCUGUCGCACGCACAAAUUACACGCGUGUGUAUAUACGUAUGUAUGUAUGACGUCGAACGUGAGGAGGAUAAGAAACAAGAGAAUCCGUCGGGACCGUCGUCAUAUGACUCGUAAACACGUGCGUUUCUUUUUAUUCUGAUUACAUUUUAAUGGAUUAUAUAUUGAUUCUAUGAAUAGGGCCCCUGGAUGCAGCCUGAUGAACCCAAUGUGACCCAACGCACCCAAUAAAUAGAAUGGAGGGUCUUCGGUCUUCGACAGCGAAACUGCAUAAAAUGGCACCUCAAAAAACAAACUUAUUUUAGCAUUUUUGUAUUAAAUCAUCAUGAAUAGGGUACUUUGCAUCACUCCUGUGCAGCUCAUACCAAGAGAGUAAAAGAACCUUCAAUAGGUCACGUGACACGUUUAGCAAGUCUUUCAGAGGUUCUCUAGUGAAAACCACAAGGAAGAAAUAGAGUACGUGCAGGUUGAAAAGAAUGCUAGUCGAAGAAAAAGUGGAUCUUUCGAAGGAGAAUCAAACACAGAAUGGGGUGACUACGAAAGAGUCGAAAACGUAUUCCUUGGAAAUUCUGAAGAUAAUUAAGGAAGCGCAACAGCAGCAUGGGUUGAGACAUGGUGAUUAUCAACGAUAUCGCGGUUAUUGUUCGAGGAGGCUUAGAAGAUUGAGGAAGGUGUUGAAGGUGCCACAAGGUGACAGACGUCAUUUUAAGAGGAAGGACAUCACUGCGACUAUGGUCAGUGAGGAUAAAUUUCUGCAGGUACCUCUGAUAAUGGCCGAGCGCGCCUGGAGCUAUGCAAUGCAGCUGCGUCAGGAAUCUAACACAGAACCAAGGAAAAAGUUUCAUCUGAUAUCGAGACUCAAAAAGGCAGCUGCGUACUCCUUACAGCUGCAAGAUUUGAUAGAGAAUAUAAAUUGCGAUGCACGUACGAAACUGGAGGCUCAAGCGUACGUAGCCUGGAUAAACGGUUCCUUGCAAUUUGAACUGCAACUGUGGAAACAGGCCAUGGAGAACUUAAAGAAGGCACAGGUGGUAUAUGGUAAUUUAGCAUCCGCGUUACCAGAGUUGGAACAGGUCGUGUACAAGGCACGCGUUGAAGAAUUAGCGCCUAGUCUGAGAUACUGCGCCUAUAAUAUCGGAGACACUAGCGCUAUGGACGAUCUCAUGCAAAUGCGUGGACAAUUGAGUGGCGAAUUGAUGGCCAGCUUAGACUCUUUGAUAGCUCAGACACGGGAGAAACAAGCUAACGUCGAGGAAGUAACGUGGCGUGGGAAAUCUUGCGGUACGGUGCCGCCGCGAGCAGCUGGUUUAAUCAUCGCGGACUCCAGAUUGAACCAGGCUCUGGAAAGAGCCGCCACCAAUCAGGCGAAGAUUGAUCUGCUAGAGGCGCAUUUGAUAGACUGCAAGGAUGCUCUGUUGGCAGUGCGUGACCAUUUUAAGACCGAUCUGAAGAGUAAGGAGAAUGACAAGUGGUCACCGCCGCAGCAUCUGAUCAAUUAUCUGCAAUAUAUUCGACUGUCUCGCACAUUGGAGCGCAAUCUAAUGUUGGUGAAGGUAGCGGAUGAAUCGGAGAAAGCCAAGGCACAGGACAUAGUGCGCUUGUACGAAGCAGCGUUGCAUAAUCUCGUCGAGAUUUCUCAAUUGCAAGAUGACGCGGAAUUUUUGGAGGAGCAAGAGGCGAAGACAAAAUGUUACAGGGCCUUCAGGUGUUUCUACAUGGCUCAGAGCCUCACCAAUUUGCAUCGGUGGCGUGAGGCUAUGGCCUUGUAUCAAAGGUCACUACAGCAUGUCAAAGACGCAGUUAAAUAUGACAAAAUUCUUCCAACUGCGUUGAAAGAAGCCUUGCGCAAUUUAGAAACUUCCGUGGAAGUUGCACAGUAUGCCGCUCACGCUCAUAGCGUUCUGGAAGAUGAUCAGGAAGAAGAGAAUGGAACAAGUAAAUUUACAAAGAACAAGAAACCAUUGUACGAACGUUUACACGAAUACAGAGAGGAUCCGGCGCUUCUUACGAAGCAACCAAACGUUUAUAAACUGCCGCCGCCUAUGCGUAGUAUUCCCUGCAAACCUUUGUUCUUUGAUUUAGCUUUCAACAUGGUUGAGUUUCCCGAUUUGUCACACAAAAUGGGCGAUCAGGCUAAGAGAGGACAAGCUGGUCUUACUGGCUUCGUUAAGGGUCUUUGGGGCUGGGGAAACAAAUAAAUAUUAUAUAUACCAUAAAAAUUUGACAUGCAAAAGAAUUUUAGAUACGUUGUACAGACUAAAUAUUACGAUGUAUUGUAUACUAAUUCUACUGUGUCUGUACAGUAACCAUAUUGGUCCAAACGGCAUUUAAUUCUAAUACAAAUUGAAUCUGUUUUGAAUAAAUAUUAUCGAGGGAAAAAUAAAAUGGAAUACUUAACGUAUACUUGUUAUAGA